UCGAGCCCGAAUUCAAAGUACCAAAAAUAAAUCCCUAAAAAAAAUUCGAAGUUUGCACUGGAAUUCACUCAAGUGAUCAUCAAUGGCGACGGCAGCCUUCCGCUCUACCACCAAGCGCUCCUCCAUUGGCCGUGCCGGCCAGGACACGGCGUCCUCGGCUGCCCGCCGCCGCUCUCGAAGCCUUAGCCGUGGCCCAUCUCGGUUCCCUCCGUCACCGCCGGAGCCGAGCGAGAUCCCAACUCCAAGGGGCAAGUUCGUGAACAAGGCGCGGGGGUCUGGGUUCCCGGAGAUCAGCCUCGACGAUCUCGCCGACGAGUACUUCAGAUCGAAGUUUGAGGACGAGAUCACGCCGCCGGACCGCAGGAGUAGUCGCCGGAUGUCUGAAAUUAGUCCUAGGAUGGAGAAUGGGGAGAUCAACCGGCAGCGGGGGAGGUCAGUGUCGAGGAGGGGUGUGGAUGGGAAGGCCUUUGCAAAUGGUAAGAAAGAGGAGGGCUUUCUGGAAAAUAGUGCGCCGAGAAGGCGCCAGAGGUCUCUCUCUGUGGCUCGGCAUCGGUGCAGUGAUUCAGAGAGCUAUUCUUCAACACUAACUGAUGAUGAAGCACGGGAUGCUUGUAAUAAUAAUAAUAAGACUGAGAAGAUAAUACAAGCCAGUUAUUCCCAGAAAAUGCAGACAGAACCUCCCACGGGAAAUGGUGAAGGGACUGAUUUCUACAAUGCCAUGCGCAAAGAAUUGAGAAAUGCUGUUGAAGAGAUAAGGACUAAACUUGAUAAGGUCAAUGUAAGAAAUGGGACAACUGCUUUGGCCAUUGAUGAGGAUAUGCAAUCAAAGACCUCGAGUACUGUCCAUGCUAUUGCUCAGAUCAGGAGGAAAUUCACUACUGAAAUGGAGCAGUCAGAGAAGCGCAAGCAAGAGUUGUUGGCUGAAUUAGCUGCUGAGGAGGAACGUGGUCAUGAGCUAACUAAGAUUGUUCGUGAGUUGCUUCCUUCACCAAAACAAACUGCUGAUAUGGAGAAACCAUCACAGCCUAGAAGAAAGAGCAAGGAUCGGAGGACUCGAAUGUCUCAAUGUCUGACUGAAGAAGCAGAAAAAUACUUUGAGGAUUUUCUCUCAAAUGUUGAGGAUACUGAUAUUUCAUCCUUUGAUGGCGAGAGAAGUGAUACGAGUUCAGGUCUAGGUGCCGGUGGGAAAUUAAGUGACUCAAGAAUGCAGCAGGGCACAGGGGAAAUACAUGCAGGUAUGCCAACAGCUGCUUCUUCUUUGCCUGUUGUGACGGAUGGUGUUGUGCUUCCUUGGUUGCAGUGGGAAGCAUCUAGUAAGAGCCCACCAUCAUUUAAAAGUAAGGUUGUUGUCCCAACUUCCUCGGGAAAGAACUUAUUUCCUGAAUCACAGGAACAAAGCCCUGCACUUGGCAACAGUAAUCAUUUCACAAGCAGUCGGGGAAGUUGGAGCCCAGAAUGCAAUGGCAACUCUUCUGUUGUUUCAAAAGACAUGAGAGGCUGCCAAUCCGGGGAAGUGGGAAGCCACUCAAUGAGCAGAUUCUCAAUAAGUUCCUCGAAAGGGUCUUCAUUCGACAUGGACGAAUAUUUAUCCCUUCAACGCAGCGAAGAUCUUCUGUUUGAGAGUCUGAGGCAGAGGCAAAGAAUAGACUCUGGUGGCCUAAUCCUUUGUGCAAGAUCCUUAAUUUGAACAAUUUGUGUUGCUUCCCACCAUCAUCUUUAGCUCUUUGAAGUAUAAUCUUCUGUCUGAGUGCAGUAAGUAUUUACUGUUGUGAGAUUAAAAAUCAAGGAUUUAUCUGAAUGUACCGUUGUUGUUAACUGUUGUUGAACGUUGAUUGUAAAUUCUAAGGUUAUUAUAAAUGUGAUUAAAUAUAUUGUCUCUUCA